CGUUAAAAGCCGGGUGAAGGCAAGAAGGUUUCUAAAGCUGCGGACUCGAGCCCGCGGUUUUCGCUCUUUCUCCCUAAUUUCGUCCUCUUCGAUCUCCGAUCGCCCUCGUCCGAUGGCGGACAUCGCCGAUCGCCGUCAAUACGAAGCUCCGGUCGUUCCUCCUCCGUCUUCUUCUCCGUCGGCGAGUCCAGAACCUAGCCAGAUCCGAUUCGAUGACGAUGACGACGAGGGCGACGUGUGUCGGAUCUGCAGGAACCCUGCUGAGCCCGAUAACCCGUUAAGGUACCCCUGCGCUUGUAGCGGGAGUAUCAAGUUCGUUCAUCAGGAUUGUCUCCUGCAGUGGCUCAAUCACAGCAACGCUCGCCAGUGCGAGGUGUGUAAGCAUGCAUUUUCCUUCUCUCCCGUUUAUGCUGAGGAUGCUCCUGCAAGGCUCCCUUUCCAGGAAAUUGCUACUGGAAUGGCAAUGAAAGCAUUCCAUGUGCUUCAGUUCUUUGUCCGGCUUGCUUUUGUUCUCUCUGUUUGGCUUCUAAUAAUACCCUUCAUUACAUUUUGGAUAUGGCGUCUGACAUUUAUUAGGAGUUUUGGUGAAGCCCAAAGGUUAUUCUUGAGUCAUCUGUCUGCACCUUUUAUCCUUACGGAUUGCUUGCAUGGGUUCCUUCUCUCUGCCAGCAUUGUAUUUAUAUUUCUUGGAGCCACCUCAUUGAGAGAUUACUUCAGACAUCUUCGAGAACUUGGGGGACAUGAUGGGGAGAGAAAUGAUGAAGAUCAUGAAAGGCAUGGUGCUCGAGCUGUUAGGAGGCUUCCUGGGGCUCUUAAUAGGAUCAAUGCUGGUGAAGGGAAUGGUGAAGAUGCUGGUGGGGCACAGGGAAUUGCUGGAGCAGGUCAGAUGAUCAGAAGAAAUGCAGAAAAUGUGGCUGCUCGAUUGGAAAUGCAGGCAGCACGUCUCGAAGCACAUGUUGAACAGAUGUUUGACGGUUUAGAUGAUGCUGAUGGUGCAGAAGAUGUACCCUUUGAUGAGCUUGUUGGCAUGCAGGGACCGGUGUUCCAUCUUGUUGAAAAUGCGAUAACAGUUUUGGCAAGCAACGCAAUAUUUCUGGGUGUCGUCAUUUUCAUUCCCUUUUCAUUGGGAAGGGUGGUCUUCUAUUAUCUUUUAUGGUUCUUUUCUUCCGCAUCUAGUCCUCUGCUUUCAAUGGUUAUGCCGCUGACAGAGUCAGCGCUUUCCUUGGCGAAUAUCACUUUGAAGAAUACCCUUAAUGCUGUUAAGAACCUUCCAUCAGAAACGAACAAUGAGGAUGUCCUUGGGCAGCUUGUAGAGACAUUUUCAGGAUCCUCAAAAUUAAAUGCAACAGGUCUUGAUGGGGUAUCAAGCAGUGUUGGUAGAUCAGUCGCAACAGAUCUAUUGAAAGGAGCAGUUGCUGGGUCCACACACCUUUCUGAUGUGACCACUCUUGCAAUUGGAUAUAUGCUUAUAUUUGGUCUGAUUUUCUUCUAUCUUGCACUUGUUGCUUUGAUUCGAUAUACGCGUGGUGAGCGCUUGGUUAUUGGUAGGUUUUAUGGCAUAGCUUCACUAGCAGAAGCUGUUCCAUCUCUACUCAGGCAAUUUUUUGCUGCUAUGAGACAUCUAAUGACUAUGGUUAAAGUUGCUUUCCUUCUGGUGAUUGAACUUGGUGUCUUCCCAUUGAUGUGCGGAUGGUGGUUGGAUGUGUGCACACUACAGAUGCUGGGUACGUCAAUUGCUAAAAGGCUUGAGUUCUUCUCUCUAUCACCAUUGGCAAGCUCUUCGAUCCAUUGGCUUGUUGGGAUUAUUUACAUGCUUCAAAUAAGCAUUUUUGUCAGCCUUCUUCGAGGGGUUUUACGGAACGGAGUUCUGUACUUUCUCCGUGAUCCAGCAGACCCAAAUUAUAACCCAUUCCGCGAUCUGAUUGAUGACCCUGUCCACAAGCAUGCCCGGCGAGUUCUGUUGUCAGUUGCUGUUUAUGGGAGCUUGAUCGUGAUUCUUGUUUUCUUGCCUGUCAAGCUUGCUAUGUGGUUGGCCCCUUCCAUCUUUCCUUUGGACAUCACAAUUUUUGAUCCUUUCACGGAGAUCCCGGCUGAUGUGCUUCUGUUCCAAAUAUGCAUCCCAUUUGCCAUUGAGCAUUUCAAGCCCCGAGCGACAAUCAAAGCUGUUUUACGUCAAUGGUUGAUUGCUGUUGGCUGGGCGCUUGGCCUUACUGAUUUCUUGCUACCAAGACCUGAUGAUAACAAUGGGCGAGAAAAUGGGGAGCUAGCAAGGCGAAACAGAUUGCAUGAUCAUGAUGCACAUCAAGGGGUACAUGUGCAGCAAGAGCAGCUUCCAAUUGCUAUAAUUGCUGCUGAUAAUGACGGGAGAGAUCAAGUUUUUGCAAAUGCUGAUGUUGAAGAAGAGUCUGAUGUAGAUGAUCAUGUGGGUUCAGAGUAUGGGUUCGUACUCCGCAUUGUAUUGUUGCUGGUCUUGGCAUGGAUGAGUCUUCUUCUGUUUAAUGCUGCUCUGAUUGUUGUUCCUGUUUCAUUAGGACGAGCGUUGUUUAAUGCGAUUCCUCGCUUCCCAGUUACUCAUGGUAUCAAGUGUAACGAUCUCUUUGCAUUCAGCAUUGGAUGUUACCUCAUCUGGUCUCUUCUAGCUGGAAUUAGGUAUUCAGUGGGCUAUAUUAAAACCCGAAGAACGGGUGUUCUCGUAUCUCAGGUUUGCAAGUGGUGUGCCAUUGUUGUAAAGAGUUCUGCCCUUCUGUCUAUAUGGAUUUUUGUCAUCCCUGUCCUGAUUGGCCUCCUCUUUGAGUUGCUUGUGAUUGUGCCGAUGCGGGUACCAGUGGAUGAGAGCCCUGUGUUCCUCUUGUAUCAGGAUUGGGCUCUGGGCUUGAUAUUCCUCAAGAUCUGGACUAGACUGGUUAUGCUGGAUCAAAUGGCACCGCUGGUUGAUGAAAGCUGGCGGGCGAAGUUCGAGAGAGUUAAGCAAGAUGGCUUCUCGGGUCUAAGGGGUCUUUGGGUUCUCCAAGAGAUUGUAAUCCCCAUCAUCUCGAAGCUUCUCACUGCACUUUGUGUUCCCUAUGUAUUUUCCAGAGGUCUUUUCCCUGUGCUUGGCUAUCCAUUGAUCAUUAACUCUGCGGUCUAUCGGUUUGCUUGGCUCGGUUGCCUUCUCUUCAGCGUGGUGUUCUUCUGUGCCAAGAGGUUCCGUGCUUGGUUCACUAAUAUCCACAACUCCAUUAGAGACGACCGAUAUCUCAUUGGCAGGAGAUUGCAUAAUUUUGGCGAGGACUCCAUUGGCAGGAGAUUGCAUAAUUUUGGCGAGGACUCGGUCGCUAAGCGUAAUGAACAACCAGCAAUCAUUCCUCAAAUACAAGGCAACGUGAACCCUCCAGCUGAUGCUGGAUUGAUGCAUCUUGAGCAAGAAGCAGAUGCUGGCCUGAGGCUCAGGCAGAGAAAUAACCCACAUCUUCAGCAUUUAUUCUAGCUGCAGGGACUGAAAAAGCUAAAACAUAUUUCCAGAAUGUAUGUAUAGUAAUCGUCAUCUGUUUGAAAAUUGAUUCGCUGAAUUUGUGAAUGAACACCGGUUCAAGUUUGUAACCAACAUGGGCUAACUUCUGUUGUGUCAACGUGCGGUGCUGAAUGGAAAUAUAACAAAGAUAUUGAUUCUAUUCUGCGUAUAGGAAAGGUUAACACGGUUUGAUGACAUAUGUUAAAAUGUACAGAUGCUAAUGAAGUGUAAUUUUGUUGUUUAAUUUAUUGUAACUGAAAUGUGUGUAGC